AUGAUCCUCUCCACUGCAGCCAGUUUCUGGACCUCUACCAUGAUCCUUCUAUAUCUGCACUCAGGUGACUGUGCAGAGAUCAUUGGUGGAAAGGAGGUGAAGCCUCACUCCUUACCCUACAUGGCUCUACUGGAGGACAACAAAGGAAACAAAAUGUGUGGAGGAAUCCUGAUCCACCAGCAAUGGGUCCUGACUGCAGCCCACUGUACUGACAUCAACAAGGUGUUUCUAGGGGUCCACUCCAUCAAACAGGAGGAGAAGGACACUAGACAGGUCCGUAAGGUUAAAGGUCGCGUCCCUCAUCCCUGUUAUGACCCCGGAUUCAAUGUCAACGACAUCAUGCUGUUGAAGUUGGAUAAGAAAGUAAAGCUGACUACGGCAGUGAGACCUCUAGCGUUACCUGUCCCUCUGGCAGACGUCCAAGCAGGGACCGCCUGCUCAGUGUCUGGAUGGGGAGCCACCGAGAACAAUGCUAAAACCAUGUCUGACGUCCUGAAAUCUACCAACGUCACCGUGAUCGACAGGAGGAAGUGUAACUCUGCAGACUACUACAACAUGACCCCAAUCAUCACCUACAACAUGCUGUGUGCCGGGUCUGUGGACAAAACCAGGGUGGACUCAUGUCAGGGAGACUCCGGUGGCCCGUUGGUGUGUGGAGGUGAACUAAGGGGACUCGUGUCGUUCGGUACAAAAUGUGGCAUCAAGACCAAACCUGGGGUGUACACACUCAUAUCAAAAAUGUACCUUGAUUGGAUCAACAAAACCAUGAGGAAGUCACUGAUUGACUGA